GGGCGUGGCCGCCAUAGAAAGCACCGAGCUGAUAUAAAAACAAGCGUCAAAACUUUUGAUCGAUGAAAAUUUACAAGUGAUGGAUGGAGGACAUCUGAGGGAGCUGCGCGCAUGUCGGAUUUAAUCUCUGUGGGUCGGAUAAAAGCUUUUGUUUUCUGGAUUCGUGGAUUUAUUCUCCUGUGACACAAACACCAGCAUGGGGAUACUGCUCUUAUUUGCUGUGCUUCAAGCGCUGACAGUCGGCUUGGUGACCGCCGGCUGUCCGGUGGUGUGCGAGUGUCCGGCGGGGCCUCCGUCCUGCCCACCGGGGGUCAGCUCGGUCCCGGAUGGCUGCGGCUGCUGCAAGGUGUGCGCCGCUCAGCUCAACCAGGACUGCCACGAAGGACGACCCUGCGACCACCAUAAAGGCCUGGAGUGCAACUAUGGCAAUGAUGUUGGGCGUACCCAUGGCAUCUGCAGGGCGAAGGCCGAGGGACGCUCGUGCGAAUAUAACGGGCGGAUCUACCAAAAUGGCGAGAACUUCCGCGCCGGUUGCAAACACCAGUGCACCUGCAUCGACGGGGCAGUGGGCUGCGUUCCCCUUUGCCCCAGCCACGUGCCCCUGGCGUCCCCUUCCUGCCCUGCGCCGCAGCUGGUCAAGGUGCCAGGCCAGUGCUGCCUCAGCAUCAACUGCCACAAGGGGACCACCAUCGUGCCCCCAAUGCACCGCCGACCCCAACCUCCAGCGUACCCGCCUUACCCCUUCAUCCCAUACCCGGCGUACCCUUACCCAAAGCCUUACCCGAAACCCUACCGGAAGCUGUACCCCUACAAACCCAAAAAGGAGAAGGACACCAUGGGCAACGAGUUGGUGGAGGUGGGGCGCAAGUGGGACAAGCCACGUGGAAACAAGCACCUGGCGGCCUGGAGGCAGGUGGGAGAUCAGUGCGUGGUUCAGACUACAUCCUGGUCCCAGUGUUCUCGGAGCUGUGGGAUGGGCGUCUCCUCUCGUGUUACCAAUGACAAUGCCCGGUGUAAGCUGAUCAAGGAGACACGCCUGUGCAACAUUCGGCCCUGCAGCUCCAUGUCUAUCCCUGUCAAGAAAGGAAGGAAGUGCUCUCGUACCCACAAGGCCCCUGAGCCACACCGCCUGUCCUAUGCCGGGUGCAGGAGCACUCGCCUGUACAGGCCCAACUACUGCGGCGUAUGUAGGGACGGCCGCUGCUGCUCACCCCGUCGCACGCGUACCGCGAGCGUGACCUUCGCCUGCCCCGACGGCGAGCGCUUCAACAGGUCCGUGAUGUUCAUCCAGUCCUGCAAGUGCAGCGACGAGUGCAACCAUCUGAACGAGGCCGCCAUGCCUCCACAGCGAUGGCUCUACGGAGACACACACAAGUUCAUCGACUAGUGGUAUCAUCCCCCCCUCCAACCUACAUUCCCUCACCAAAAAAUAAAAGACAUUAACUCCCCCAUAGUGAUCCCCAAUAUAGAAUAGCUGUCCUUAGUGUAUCUAUGAGUAGACGCGAGCGAGGUGCACACGUCAAAACGUCUUUUCUGGAAGAUUAUUUGGGGAAGAAUGGGGAGAAGAGGAAUCUAUCGGAUGGGCGCAUCUCCAUCUUGGAAAGAGCAAAGUGACCAGCCCCUGCUUUAGUGUAGAUAAAAGGUUGUUUCUGGCCUGGACAGACUCCUCCUCCAGACUGUGACGAAAUCUUUAUGGAAAACAUGGACGCAAACCGGCCACCAUGUUGCUGCCAUGCGCCGAAAUAUCCCCCUGAACUCUUGAGACUUUUGUUGGGGAUGCCGGAGCAAGCGCAAGCGUUCAGUGUUGGUGUUUCUUUCGUUGAUGGUGUUGAACUGCUUUGUUGCUUUGGAGCCAAAAUGUCUGUACACUCCAAUAACUUAGUAUUGAUAAACCAAAUGAAGACUCGUGGACUCGACAGCAAAAGACUGGGAACGUGACGGCAGAAGAUGGAGGAGCAUCUCAGAUGUUCUUACAGGAUUGGCUUUGUGUCUUUUUAUGGUAUUUAUUCACUGGUAUUUAUUGUUGAGACAGACAUGACGACACAGUGGCCUGCCACCAAAGGGAAAAAAGGCGGGGCUGCUAUGUUUGGAGCAUCGGCGUGGCUGAACCGUGGAUCCGUGAGGGACAAAACAGCUGAGAGCUGUCAGUCACGGGAGGUAGAGGAGGACUCCCACAGAUCCGGGGCUUGACCUCGGUGUCGCAUCGGAGGUCAGAAAGCCAUAUCUAAUGAUGGAUGAUGAAAGCUGCAGGAGAAGAGGAGUUAUGUACUAGAGGAAGAAAAAAAAA